AUGAGUAAAAAGUUGAAAAUUACAACAACAAAUUACAUAAAAAAUUUAAAUAUUUGGAAGUGUUGUUUGUAUGGAUGUAUUUAUUUAGUUUUAUUUCAAAUUCUGAGCAUCAUCACUCAAAUCCAAGAUUUUUGUUUUAGUUACUUAUCCAAAUUAAGUCAUGUUAAUAUUCCAGAAACUGUUUGUCAAAUUGAGAAGUUUUGUUUUUAUGGAUGUGCAAUUAUUAGUUCAGUCAGAAUCUCACAGAAUGUUACUGAAAUUGGAUGUGCAUGUUUCUAUGGGAGUGUAAAUGUUUUAACAUUCGUAUCCCCAAAAAUACAAUAA